AUGGUUAUGGCAAAUGUAACCGCAAUGAGCGGAUUCCUCCUCAUGGUGUUUUCCAACAACCGUGAGCUGCAGAUCUUACACGCAUUGCUUUUCUUGUUAAUAUACUUAUUAACCUUAGCAGAAAACCUCCUGAUUAUCGCCAUCACAACUCUGGACCAACAUCUCCAAACCCCAAUGUAUUACUUCUUGAAACACCUUUCGCUCCUGGACCUGUCCUUCAUUUCUGUCACGGUCCCCCAGUCCAUUGACAAUUCACUGACAGGCAAUGGCUAUAUUGCCCACGGUCAGUGCGUGCUUCAGGUUUUCUUCUUCACAUCUUUGGCCUGGGUUGAGGUGGCCAUUCUCACAGUGAUGUCUUAUGAUCGCUAUGCCGCCAUUUGCCUCCCACUGCACUACGAAGACAUUAUGGAUCCCAGAGCCUGUAAGCGGGCUAUGAUAGCUAUAUGGCUGAGUGGAGGCAUCUCUGGAAUCUUGUAUACAGCUGCCACAUUCUCCAUCACAUUCUGUAGGGCCAAAAUAAUCCACCAGUUCUUCUGUGAUAUCCCCCAGUUGCUGAAGCUCUCCUGCUCCAGUGAUUACCUAGGCGUGAUUGGAGUGGCUGCUUUCACGACGCUGCUGGCGUUCAUCUGCUUCGUCUCCAUUGUUCUUUCCUAUGCGCACAUCUUUUCCACAGUUCUAAGAAUACCCUCUGCCGAGGGCCGCUCCAAGGCCUUCUCUACCUGCCUGCCCCACCUCUUUGUUGUGUCAUUUUUUCUUUCCACAGGCAUUUUUGAGUUCCUAAAACCAACUUCAGAUUCUCCAACUGCUUCUGACAUUAUCAUAUCUAUCUUUUACACAGUAGUGCCCCCAACACUGAACCCUAUGAUCUACAGCUUGAGGAAUGAAGCCAUGAAGGGAGCUUUAAGAAAGUUACUGUUGCGUGGUGAAUUCACCAGGAAAAAAACAUUUUUGUCCUGUGGUUGA